AUGGCCCAAAUAAGACCUCUAAGCGCGGAACUGCAAAAAAUUGCCUGCGAAGAUUUGGGCGAAGUUCCCGCCAGGAUUCCCGAGGAUUUGGUCGCCCUUAAAUUAUGGAUUCAACAGCAGCCUCAUUUACAUUCCCGCACCGAUGAUCAGUUUCUGAUACAGUUUCUAAGAGGCUGCAAACAUAGCUUGGAGAGAGCAAAAGAGAAAUUGGAUCAUUUCUAUGCUUUGAGAACGAAAUAUCCCGAGACGUUUUGCGCCACCAACAUCGAUGAUCCCAAAUUCAGAGCUUAUUUUGAUCAGGGUGUUGUGUUACCCUUGCCUACACCUCUCAAUGAUUGCGGUCCUCGCAUUUUAUUCGCGCGCUUCAACUACAGUACGGAUCAAGAUAUUGAGAAGGUUUUAUUGCCAUUAAAUGCAAUGAAAGAAAAUUUCAUGAUGAAUGAUCCCUAUGCCGGCAUACAUGGAAUAGUCUAUGUAACAGAUUUGGCCAAAGCCACUACAGGUCAUUUAUUACAACUAACUCCAGGUACUGUGAAAAGGUUAAUGACAUACUAUGAAAAAUCGGUUCCCUUGCGUAUUAAGGCUCUAUGUUAUAUUAAUGCUCCAGCUGCUGCUGAGCAGUUCUUCAAAUUGUUAUUAUCCUGCAUCUCGGACAAACUUAAAAAACGCGUUGUUAUAUGCAGCAAGGACAUUAGCAAAAUAUACGAUCAUAUACCUCAAAAGUAUUUACCUGAAGAAUAUGGAGGCUCCAAUGGAUCUUUGGAUAAAGUUUGUGCAGACUACCACAAGGUCUGGGAUGAAAGUCGAGAAUACUUCAAACAAAACUCAGAAUAUGGCACAGAUGAACGACUACGUCCUGGCAAGCCUUUAGAUUUUGAUGGAGUCUUUGGUACGGGAGGAUCAUUCAGGAAAAUUAAUGUUGACUGAAGUGGUCAUAUUAUGAGGUUACUUACUAAGCCAAAUAGUAAUAAAGUGAUAUUAGGGCAAAUA